AUGCCGUCUACAGCCAAAGUCAGAGAGAAGAAAUGCGCAGAGAGGGAAAUGUUGAUCUCCGAUAUGGAGAAUCUCUUGGGUUAUCAAGAUGAUCAUCCAGAGGACCAAGAGAUAAUUAUGACUUCUCCACAGGAAAUUGUAUCCAGGUUCAAGUCCCGCCAGGAGGGUUGGUCAGUUGAACGUGUAGUUUCCGCCUAUAUCCGAGCGGCUUGUGCGGCACAUAGGAAGACGAAUUGUUUGACUGAAGUGUUGUUCACGGAAGCUCUCGAUGAAGCGCAGCAGAAAGAUAAAGAGCUUGCCAGUGGUGUUCAGCCAGAUGGGCCAUUUUGGGGGUUACCGAGUAGUUUCAAAGACACUUUCAACAUUGCCGGGGUUGAUACCUCUCUGGGAUGUUCAAUGCACACAUCUCAGCCUUCCACUUUGGACGAUGAACUCGGGGUACGUCUCGUCAAGCUUUUCCGCCAAGGCGGAGGUAUUCCAUUCUGCAAAACGAACGUCCCACAAACUUUGUUGGCCUUCGAAUGCUGUAAUCCAAUCUUCGGACGGACGACCAAUCCACAUGCCUCUGAUCGGACUUGCGGUGGUAGUUCUGGUGGAGAGGCCGUCAUGGUUGUCCUUCGCGGAACUCCUCUUGGAUGGGGUAAUGAUACCGGUGGAAGCGUUCGUAUACCAGCUGCAUACUCAGGGUGUUGUGGUCUCAAACCUGUCCGAGGCAGAUUGCCCUUUAGGGGAACGCGAAGAUCCGUGAAAGGUUUUGAAGGAAUUAAAACCAUGCAUGGGCCAAUAGCGAGAAACGUCACCGAUCUCAUUUAUCAAACACGAUCCAUCACACAACUCGCUUUGGCAUUUCCGAGUUCUGGAGAGGACCUCAUACCGUUGCCGUGGACCGAGCCCAACCUACCGAAAAAACUGAAAAUAGGUUAUAUGAUUGAAGAUGGUUGUGUCAAGACCAGUCCCGCAUGUGCUAGAGCAGUGAAUGUUUGUGUUGAAAGAUUGAGAGCGGCCGGACACGAAGUGGUAAUCUUCCAUCCGCCUCCAAGCGAGCGCUCAUGUCAGUGUUUCGUCGCUCUCACCUCUGCGGAGAGAUAUAGUCAGCUUUUGAGCAAUGUUGGGUCUGAUGAACUGGAGGAAUCGAUGAAGUUGGUUGUACUGGGAUCCAAAAUGCCCGGAUGGGUGCAGUGGGCAGCCCAAUGGUUUGUCCGCCACAUCCUCAAAGACGAGAUUUUCGGCGGAGCUUUCGCUGUCUCAAGAGGAAAGUCCGUGCCAGAGUAUUGGGAAUGGACUUAUCGACGUGACAUGUAUGCACAACAAUUUCGCGAAGCGGCAUGGGAUGUGGGUCAAUUCGACGCUCUGAUAUGUCCCGUCAUGGCUACACCAGCUUUGAAACAUGGCAAGACUAAAUUUCUUUCUCCUCUUGCAAUCUGGUGCAUCUUAUUCAACAUUGUAGAAGCGACCGUAGGUACUUUACCCGUAACUCGGGUCGAUCCUUCUCUCGACGUCCACCCCUCUGACUUUUUGAAGGAUAGCACCGGUUCGUGGAUCUUGGAAAAGAGAGUGUACACCGGUCCCGAUGCAGCAUACGAUGCAUCAGCAAUGGCGGGUUUACCUGUUGGUGUACAGGUGGUUGGAAAGAUGUGGCAAGAGGAAAAGGUGUUGGGUAUCAUGAGUUUGCUUGAAGGACUUGUUGGAUAUCAGUGA